AUGUCGAAUAACAAUAGCAGCAUCUCUAAUAAGGUAAUAAACCUUUUCAGAAGCGGCUCCAAAUCAUCAAAGGCUGUGAAACCUACUGAUAAAACCGCAAUCAAACAAAAUGCCAAGCCAACUGUUGCGGCUAUAACAACUAGAAUUAGCAGUGAAACUGGUGAAGGUUCAUCACCCCCAAGAUCUGGGUCUUCAGAAUCUAUUUUAUCUUCUGACAUCCACAAACAAAAAUCAUCACCAACAACUAGAUCGUCCUCAUCGCUUGCUUUGGAUAACUCAGCUGCUGUUUCGAAUACUGUGCAGGCCGGUGCACCAAUAUCAGCCAAUGUACAAGCAAGUAGCAGUACAGUAAAACUUUCAACUAUGGACUCUAGUAGAUCAGAAUCUAAUACGCAUCAUGAUAAUAGCCACUCUCAUACUAACUGUAUGAGAUUUAUGGUGCAUGAAGAUGGCAGCCAUGAACAUCAUCUAAAGAAUGCCAGGAGACAGGAAAAGCUUACCAGCAUGAUCAAGAAUAUAAUGAAGACUAAUAAUUAUAGCACAGCCCAGAAAAAGCUUAGAAAUGAAGCUAAGUCAGCUGUUCCAGAUAUUAUUACUUCUCCGGUAGUCUCAACUCCCAUAACUCCUAAACUUCAAAGUCCUCUCAACCCUUCACAAGGUGGUCCACAGUAUAAGGGCCCCCCUAGUUUGUUCGCUGGAUAUAUGAAACAAGUUGUAGGGAAUGAUGGUCAGGUUGCUAUUAAUGGCCCAGUUAGUGGUGCUUUUAAUGGUGACCAGAAAGUAAUGUAUCAAGAUAAUGAAACUAACGAAGACAUUCAACAGGCUCCAUUAACUCUUCCACCACAUUUUAACGACUCCUUAUCUUUUGCAGAAAAAUAUGGAAGUUGUAAGGAGAUUCUCGGAAAGGGUGCUUUUGGUGUUGUCAGGAUUUGCCACAAGAAAGUUCCUGAAAAUCCUAAAGUUGAGAAACUAUAUGCUGUAAAAGAAUUCAAAAGAAAAGCUACUGAACCAAAAGAGAAGUUCGCUAAGAGACUUACUUCUGAGUUCUGUAUAUCCUCAUCUUUACAUCACACUAAUAUUGUUGAUACAUUAGAUCUAUUUCAAGAUGCCAAUGGUGACUACUGUGAGGUGAUGGAAUACUGUGCGGGUGGUGAUCUUUUCACUCUCAUUAUUGCUGCCGGAAAGUUGGAAUAUAUGGAAGCGGAUUGUUUCUUCAAGCAACUAUUGCGUGGUGUAGUUUAUAUGCAUGAUAUGGGCGUUUGUCACAGGGAUUUAAAGCCAGAAAAUUUGAUUUUGACACAUGACGGUGUAUUGAAGAUCACGGAUUUUGGUAACAGUGAAUGCUUUAAAAUGGCAUGGGAAGAAGAUAUACAUUUAAGUGGGGGUGUUUGCGGUUCGAGUCCCUAUAUUGCUCCAGAAGAAUACGUAUUAGAAGAAUUUGACCCGCGCCCAGUAGAUAUAUGGGCUUGUGGUGUUAUUUAUAUGGCUAUGAGAACCGGCAGGCAGCUUUGGACUGCCGCUAAGAAGGAUGAUCCAUUUUACAAUAAAUAUCUACAAGGACGCAGACAAAAAUCUGGUUAUGAACCAAUAGAGUCAUUAAAAAGAGCUAGAUGUAGAAAUGUCAUUUAUUCAAUGCUGGAUCCUGCUCCGCAUAGAAGAAUAAAUGGUAAGCAAAUUCUAAACAGCGAAUGGGGUAGAGAGAUAAAGGUAUGCUAUGAUAAACAGAUAGCAGUUACAUCACGCAGUGAUAGCCAGCAAUCCAGAGUACAUGCUCCUAUUACUGUUAAGUAA